AUGGUGUUUCCUCCAGACCGGGUGAAUCGGAAAAGGGCAGAGGCCCCGGAAGAAGGGUCAGUCGAGUUCCAAAGGAACUGUGGGAUGACCUUUGCAGACUUGGUCUACAGUAGUCAAGAGGUUGCGGAGUUUAUCCAUGUAAUGGAUAAUCGAAUCCGUGCGCUUGAAGAGACCCAAGAAUACGCCGACGAGGACCCGGCUGAAAAAGAGCUGGCCGCCUUUGAAGCUCUUGCCGAACUCCCGACUACCAGGGACUACCACUCCUCCUGCGGUGGCCUCCUCUGGCUUUCGAUUCGCACAAGGAACCUCUCUGGCGUUCUGGCUGAAGGACUCUGUAACGGCAUUGUUUUGCUCUCGCUGCGGCAAGGCACUUUCUCCUCAGGAUUGGUGUGUUUGCACUUGUGA